AUGCCUCGGCCUGGUGAUCGUCAUGCACGCGGAGUUGGCGCCAUCUACGAUUCUCUGCACGCUACUGAGCUCGGUCUCUGCACCGAUCGCGUGAGCUAUUGGGUUUGGCACGAGGAGAUGCUGCGGCAGACUUUCUUCGGCCGGCUAGCUAUGAAAGGCAAUCUGUGGAGGUUGCUCAACGCAGGAAGAAUUGUCACCGUCGGAUACUGA